AUGUCGUCGACUACUGAGCCGUCGGUCUUCUUCGAGGUCAGCUGGUCCAUUCUCAGCAUGAUCUGCAUGGGCAAUGUUCUUUUCGGCUGCGUCGUGUGCGGAAUUACGAGCUUUAGCCUCCUCGCUCUCGUCCCCAUCAUCUCGUCUGCGGGAGGCUCCAUCGCAUGUGGCCUCUGCUUCUACAUCUACUACCAGGACAACCCUGAGGCGAAUCGAGCAGUGGCAUCGGUGUUUGGGGAUAUAUUCUGGCUGAUCCAAGAAGCCGGUUUGCUCUUCUACAGUUAUAUGAUACUGCAGCGCGUUCUUCGAGGUAUUCGCUGGCGCGUCUUCGCCGGCUUAUUCUGGGUCCUUCUCCUCGGUGUCGUUGUCACGCGGGGUGUCAUCGCCGUAUAUCGCGUCCGAUCGAUACUCGACGACGACUUCGCCCUGCAAGUCGUCAUCAACUAUCUCCAUAUUAGCUACUUCAGUUUGAUGGCGAUUCUUGAGUGCAUCAGCGCCUAUUUCCUCAUCGCCGUCUUUACAUCCGCAAGAGACACUUCUUUCCAAGCUGCAAUGAAGCUCGGCCUCUUCCGCUAUCUCACACGGAGCACUGAAGUUCGGGUUGCCAUCCUGGCAGUGCAGGGCAUCUUGCGGGCCAUCACACAUUCGUUCCAAACUCCCGGCCAGAAGGCAUCUAACAUCGCCAGCCAGCUGGACCGCUUUUUGUACACCAUCUUUUGUCUCUACCCAGUUCUUUUGUUUAUUGACUUACUCGCUUCGAAACUCCGCUUCACCAAUUCACCAAACGGUUCAUCAUCCUAUGGCAAUGGUGGUACGGGUAGUCGAACGAAACAAUUCUCGUCAGCGAGAAGGGAAAACUACUCUAUGGGGAGAUCCCAGCACGUAAUUGAGGUGCAUGGAGGGAAGACGAUGAUGGAUAAGAAUGGGUCGCAGGAGCAGAUUAUCCCAGGCAAUUCCUCACAGACGGGGACUUCUGAGAUUGAUCUUGAGGACAUGGAUACCAGGGGAAAUGUUAUCAAGAAAACGGUUGAGUUUAAAGUAGUAUAG